UCGCCCCUGGGCUAAGCCCCCGAUGUCUCAUGAUCCUAACAACGCCCCUGCUGUCGACCUAUAAACAGACACGAGCUACUUCUCCAGCAGAACAGAGAGACAGCAGAGGAGACGCGACGCGCACGAGAAGCAGCCUCACGUUCAUCUCACUGACAAACUCCAGGAAACAUCAUGACCACCGCUGACAGGCUGCUGGAGCAGAUGUUCUCCUGGAUCGACCAGAGGAGUCGCUGUGCGGACCAGCUGGUCAAACUGGCCCGGGAGCUCGAGUCCCUCAGGCAGAAUUGCAAUGGCGGUGAAGCUGUGGGCAGCACGAUGGCUGUGGUGGGGGCUGCGUGUGUGAUCGGUGCCGGCGUCACCUUCCUCACCGGCGGAGCAGCUGCUCCUUUUUUAGGUGUGUUGGGAGGAACAUAUUUAGGAGCAGGUGCCGUCAUCUCUGUGACCACGAAACUCCUCGAGCACUUCCUGUCCGGCAGCACCAUGAAGGACGCAAAGGAAAUCGAAGAGAAAAGCAACAAAUUAGCAGAAGACAUUCAGCGACUGUUCGAGGAACUCAAGUCGGAGAAGAAGAAGGCGAACAGAUCUGCCGACCCGGACGACUUGGACAGACACAUCCUGACGGACAUCCUGAGAGCUGUGGCCAGGCGAAGUGGAGUGAAGGUCGACUUCAGGAUGAUGGGCGACCUGACGAAGUGGUCUGGUGGAGGACGACAUCACACAGGGCUCAGUCCCGGCCUCGGCCUCCACAAUCCGAUUGUUGUGAGCAUCACUGGAAUUUUAGCGUUUUUCACGCUCCAGUCAUUCGGGAAGGAAUCCAAGUUUCUAUUUGCUAAAGGAGCUCAGCAGCUGAUCCAGAGAAUCUCUGUGACUGGACUGAAAACAGUGCUCAAAGGAGGCGGCAUGCUGGUGGGAGGAGCUAUUGGAAUGGCGUUUGCACUAAAUGAUGCGAUCGACAGCUGGACAGAUCUGAUCAAGAAGAACAAUGUGACUGAAGCCAGCCAAUCCCUGAGAGACACAGCCACAGCGAUCCGAAAGAUCUGCCAGGCCCUGAAGGAUCAGUUUGAAGAGAUGAAGCAGAUGCUCGAGAAGAUGGCAGAAGAACAGGCCGAGCGGGCGAAGGUUAAAAACAUUAUUGAAAACCCAAACAGGAGCUCUGCAGACGAGGAAGAAUUAAUAAGGUAUGCCAUGAAAACAUGCAACAUCGAAGAGGUGCGGCGAUGGCUGGGGGAGAAUUCAGGGUCGCAGACUUUCCUCAGACUUGUGGAGUUGUUUCGAUUAAUGAAAAAUAAAAUCACGAAGUCGCAGGAGGAAAAGUCUAAUGAUGAAGAUAUUGAAGUGGACAUCAUCUUUGUGGCUCACGGAUCGAUCAGAGACUCCAUGAUUCCAGCUUCCUGUCUGCUGCCUACGUCCAACAUCCAGGACGUGCUCCUCUAUUCCCCCUGGAACUGUGUGAUCAAUGCUCGUGCAGCGUACGGCAUCUCCACAGGACUCAUGCAGCCUGAUGACAAAGGCUUUUACUGUAGGCCAAAAAGUGGCUGUGAAAUUCCUGAUGAAAAACACAAGCCCAGCAAACUGCCAGAUGUCUGGAACUCAAUGAAGGGAGCAGGACAGAUUCCCAACAUCAUGGUCAGUACUCUCAAGCAUCCAGAAGAUAAGGCAUGGAACGGUUUUGUCUAUCUCACAGGAAAAUAUGGUGAACCACGGCGAGGCCGCAUCGUGGUCCCGUUCGACCUCGGUGGUCUGAAGGUCAGCAUCCCGUUCUACAUCGUCACCUGGGUCAUGUCUCUGGUGCUGUCUUUCUUCAGGAUCGAAGCCACCGUCCAUCUGGCCGCCUGUCUGGGUGAUAAAUCUACCAAGCAGAAGUUUCCCAAAAAGGACCUGGAGGAUCAGUACUCCUACACUAUCGACAACACCGGGAUGACAUCAUCGCAACCCAUGUCACCCAUCACCCACCCCGACCUGUUCAGGAGCCUGCAGGCCACAUUCGAUUAGACGGAUACAACUUCAACGUCUUCUGGAGAUGACAAGUUCUGUUCCAGUGAAAGUUUUGUGCAUGAACUGAUUUCCCAGCUUCAUAUCGGUAUCAACAAACAAUCCCAUUUUAAUCUUAGAGAUGAUUUCCAGGGCCCGGAACCGUGUUCAAGAUCUACCAUCGAUUUGAGAACUUGUAUAAAAACGAUCUGCUGGAGUCACUGAGCAGCCAGAAAACCACGACCUCCGGUUUCUCCACUGAUCAGAUUCACAGUCGAUUCUUUUUCCCCCUCGACACAGAUGAGUUAUGAACGUUAGAAAUCAUAUCUACUGUGAUCUAACCCUGAAGACGGGCGGCUGAGGGCCCGAGUGGUCGUCCUCCAACCAGAGGGUCGGCUGAUUGGAUCAGAUGUGAUAUAAUGAUGUGGAGGAGUCGGGACGUGUCCAACAUGAUAGCACCUGUAAUGGAAAAUCAUAUAAUCAUAUUAUUCUAUGUAUUAUACAUGCUUAUGUAACCACACUUAUCUGUGCUUAUGCAUAUCACGUGUGACCAGGUGUCUGCUGGUGACUCACUAGCUGCCGGUCUCUGGGAUCUGGACAUCGAGCCCCUGAUCACAUGCUGUCUCCUCCAGUCUUAUCUUCUGAGGUGUACUUCACAUUUUCACACACACACAAUUUGCCUUAUACGCAAACACAUCACAUCUUUUUGUAUGAAAGAGCACAACUGACAGUGUUUGUGGGUCUGACAGCUUCACGUCCGCAUGCUGUCAGAUCGGUUUGACAAAGAAUAAACGUCACUUGAAAGACAA